AUCGCGCGCACGAUGCUCGACCGAUUCACCUCGCUGGCAACUUCUCAUCCCGCUGUAAAAAAUCCAGCCACUCGUUCUUAUAUACAUUGCUCUUUUCUGCUCAGGUGGAUGACCGGUGGGCCUCUAUUCCUUGCGGGCCAGCUUCACAGUGUGCAUCUGGUGUGUGGGUCGCGUGCCUCUUCGGUGAAAAGCCUGCGGGGCGUGCCCUGGCCCCUGGACACCAAUCGCUUUCGCCCUCGAGCCCCGUGUUCUCCUCGAGUUCCCCUUGGCCUCUCACCUCCUCCAUCCACGGCCGGUCGUGAGAGAGAGCCGUCGGAAGCAGGGGCCAGAUCAAGAAGGAGGGUGUUGGCGACCUAGGUGCAGGCCGCCGGCGUGGGUCUGGCGGGCGUGGCGGCCGGCGGGGUUCUGGCGGGCUUGGCGGCCGACGGCGAUCUGGCGGGCGUGGCUGGAGCUAGAAGGGCAGCAGUAGCCUGUGGGGUGGCCACCGGACCGACAGCGACUUCAAUGGAGGGGAACGGUCCGGCAGGCGCAUGCAGGCGGGAGAAACUGGGGGCGCUCGUCGGUUGGGAAGAUGGCGACCACUUGAGCUUCUCGAUCUGGACAGGGCCACUACAGCACAAGCAAGGGGUGGGCGCGAGCAACUCUAUGGAGCCACACACGUCUACAGCCCAUACAUAGAUGACAGGCCUGCAAGGAAAGGAGCAGAAGAAAACAUGCUUGGCUGUUUGUUUCCAGGAAGUAACGAUCAAAGAAGAAGAGUUAGAUGCUGCUUUGAUGGUAAACAUAUGCUUUAUUCUGGGAAGCAUAUGUUCUUGGUGCUUAAUAGCUUUGCAUUAACCUUCAAGAUAAAUCGAGAGCAACACCAGCCUAAACUUCAUCUGAUCUCGAAAAAAGGGAAUAUAAACCAGCUAGACCAUCUACCCAGGCCAUCAUCUUCUUAUUUUUCACGCCUUGGAUAGUAUAUCUUGAAAUGGUACUGUUCAUGCCAAAUAUAUUUAUUUAUUUUAACCUUAUGGAUGCAAAUAUUUUUUGAUAUAUUAGUGGUCAAAGUUAUAAUGUUUAAUUAAUACAUCUAGCGCUGAUACAUAUUCACCACAUAUGAAUUACUUAUUUGACUGUUUAGCUAAAUGCAUUGUUGUUUGCAUUUUGAGAAGGGUGAUGUUCUGAUUUGUGCUGAUAUUCAUCUUUCUUUCUUUCUAAAGAUAUUCGAGAAAGAAGAUAGUAGGACAAGGCUAAAGGGGAACUAUGGUUAAAAGCUUUCUUUCUUUUGUUGUGACCUGUCUUACCUGGUUCUGCUUGAUAUGUUACUAAGCCGGGAUCAUGUAGUAACUAUAUUUAAUUAAAAUUUAGGUCAGUGGGAGCCUCUCCCACUGUCUUUCACUGGUCAAAAAAAGCUUGGAUCGUGUAAUCUUCUAACCUUCACUAAUCUUUCAUGCAUAAGCAGAGUUGCGUCCACAGUGGAGGCGCAAAUCAAGAAGGUUGACUGAGGAGAUGAGGUUGGGUGCCGAGCACAUGGCAGGAUGAAGGUGCAGGCCUGUGUUUUUUUGGAUGGCAGCGGCAUACUACUUCAAUGAAUAAGAUAUCAUGCCUUUGUUUUUUUGCUCUGCUUCGCUUUUUAAAAGAAAUAUAAAUAAGAUAUCAUAAACUGAUAUCAUGCCUUUGUUUUGGCCUAUAAACCUACCAUACAAUGUAAUAUAUAAUGCUAUGUAUGAUCAUCAUACACAAAUAUCUAUUUCCUUGUGUUUCAGAGAUUCUAUGAUCGGUCUAUAAAUAUUGUUACUUGCAUGGUUUGAGUGUUUGGUUCACUCUCGCCUUUUGCGCCAUUGGCAUAAUAGGUAUUCUCAUGAAACUUUGUUAUCCCUUGAUUAUAAAAGUCAAAUCGAGUUUAUAUCCAUAUUUGUUUCUCGAUUAUUCAUCCUUCAGUUGGAUUAAAGUUUUUCUAUUGUUUGCAAGUGAAACUUACUUGAUGUACCUUUGGUAUGCUGAUAUAUAAUAACUCGAUGUACCUUUGGUAUGCUGAUAUCUGAUAGCAAAGUAAUUCAGAAUGCAGGUACUCCCCCUCUCCCCUUUGUGCCCUCUCUCUUCUCCAACCCCUCUUUCCUGUUACACACAGCCAUUGGGGCAGCAUACCAUAUGAAUCCAAAGUUAAUCACGUGCUUCUUGCCCCUCUCUCUCUCUCCCUCUCUUCACAUGUACUCUCGUGGAUUUAGUCAGAUUUGAUUUAUUCUUGUUUCCUUUCCAGAUUUAAUUUCAUCCUUGUUUCCAAGCUCUUCCUAUUCAUAAUCUAUUAAUUAAUGACUUGUACAUACGUAUUUUAUCAUGUCUACUAAUAAUCUCAUCACAUUACAGUUCACACAUCAGUUUAUUUUAUCUUGUUUCCUUCAAGUACGUAUUUAGGCUGUUCAUUUUCCCUUUUUCAGAUGUAUGCCAUGUAUGUGUAGCCAUGGUUCUGAAACACCACCAUUCCUUCUCUUCCUAUCAAUUUUCUUUGAUUCAGUUAUUUGACUAAAUGAUAAUAUAUGCCCCAGGGUUAAUUAGUACCUAAAAUGCUACCUUUGGUUUGUGAAAAAGAUCUAGAGUGGCUUCUGCAGCUCCUGUUAUGUUUCAUUGAUUCAGUCAUGUAGUAGGAUAGUUCCACUGGAUUUUACUAAAUGGUUUUGUAGCUUUACUUAGUGAAAAUGCCUCAAUUGGUUUCUGCAACAUUGCUUGUCUGUUGGCAGCUGGAGCAUACUUGGUACAUGAGCCUUGCCGUGAGUGGUGGUGCAACGGUGACCUCGACGAGCAGGGCAAUGGCCAGACACGAGUAAGGCACCAAAGAUGACUGGAAGCAC